AGUUCGCCUCCACUUUGCUGCACAGAAGUGUCCUGUAAACAUCGUCAUAAUUUACUGUCGCAUAUUUUUGCCCAAAUCCCGUGACAGCUCGACCUGACGACUGGAAAUCAAAGCUUCUUCUAUAGGGAAAAGAUGGCAAGUAUGUGAGACAAAAUGGCGGGUCCCGAAAAGGACUUACAGCAGCAAAUAGUCGAUGAUCUCCUGACCUGCGGCAUAUGUUUAGAAACCUUCGACUCCAAGUUGAAGAAGCCAAAAAGUCUUCCGUCAUGUCGGCAUAUCUUCUGCAUGGAGUGUUUGACAAAACAUGUCGCUACGGAACAGAGGAGGCGGGGGCAAGGAGGAUGGACUACGUUCGAGUGCCCGACUUGUCGGAAGAAGGUGAACCUGUCGCCGAAGGGUGUGGAGGGACUGCCCGAUGACAGGACUGUUCUAGGUUUGACGGACAAAGUUCUCAACAAGGGAGCUGUUAAACUAACAACGAAGGGCGGUGAGAAAUACAGAAAGGAUGGUAUCAGCCUGCAAGUAGUUGACAACUGCCCAAAGCACCCGCGGGAAAAUCUGCGUAUGUUCUGUAACCGGUGUGCCAUGCCCGUGUGCGCCGAGUGUGUGGAGAAUGAACAUGAUGGACAUAGCACGUCUGGAAUUAAGAAAGUUGCAGGCCUGUCCAAGGAGAAUUUGAACCCCCUUCUCAGCGAGGGCAAGUGGAAGACGGAAGAACUAGGCGGACACCUUAAGGGACUACAGUACGCCGAAGAACGUCUUCAAGCCAGCAGAGAAGCUGCAACAGCCGACGUGCAGAAUCUGGGAAGAACACUCAAGUCUGAGAUAGACUCAAUAGUUGCUAACAUCUUAGGUGUAAUAGAAGGUCGCUAUCAAAAUCAGCUUCAAAUAUUAACCAGAGAGAAAGAUUCUGCUUCUGGAAAACUAAAGGAACUCAGUCAGAUCUGUUCAGGCGUAGAAGCAGAACUAAAAAACAGCACCCAUUCAAGAAUUGUAGAGAAAGAGCAAGAAAUGGGUGAUAAGUUGAAGCAAGUUGUGUCUGAAGAUGUUCCAGUGUCUCAGGAUGUUCUUACCUUGGGAUUUAAGGCAAGUAGGACGGAACUCAGUGAUCUGUUGUUUGGGGAGGUAACGGAAACCGUUGAGAGAGUAGAUAGAGAGUCCUUUACGAAUCGCAUACUAUCGCAGGUAGGUGGGAAUGGUAUUAUAUUAAACCCUGGAGGAGUAACAACAUGGGAAGAUGAGGUUUAUAUUGUAGAUAGGGGGAACAAACAGAUACAUGUGUUUGACUACCAUGGCAAUAGCAGGCGUAGUUUCUCUACGGAUGUCUUUGGGAACGGUUCCGAGCCGCAAGACGUCUGUGUGACCAUUUUUGAGAACGAGAGCAGAGUUCUCGUCACGGAUAAGCGCGAACAGGGCCUACGAAUCUUUGACAAGUACGGCACAUUCAUAGACAGGGUGGGGAAUGUCUGUAUGGGCCCGAUGGGACUUACUGUGAGUAAACAAAAUCAGGCACUUAUUGUUGUUGACGAAGACACCAACUGUGUCCGCAUUGGGCUGCCAUGCCCGGCACUGGGUUGUCUUGGCCCUUCAGCUAACUAUUCCCACUCUUUCAAUCACCCCUUUGGUAUCACAACAAGCCUAAAAGGUAAAAUCUUCAUUUCUGAUUGCCAGAAUCACUGCAUUAAAGUUCUGAGCUCACAGGGGGCGCACCUGCACACAUUUGGAUCAGAAGGUGGAGGGGAGGGCCAGUUGCGGCAUCCGUUAGGUGUGCAUUGUGAUGAUCAAGGUAGGAUUCUCGUAGCUGAUUCGGGAAACAGAAGAGUGGAAGUUUUCAGCGAGGAAGGGGAGUUUGUAGCACACGUGGUAACGGCAGAGGAUGGCUUGGGUUGUCCGGUUGGGGUUGCACUGUUACAGGAGCGAAACACGUUGGUCGUAACGGAUGCUAUAACCCACAAACUUCUCUUUUUAAGAUACAGCUGAAAUGAUUUUCUUGAGUAUGCUUGUAUGAAGUAAUCCCAGUAUAGAUUUCAAUGUGCAAGGGUAGGUCUUUGUGUAACUUACUGCUUUUGAUUUAUUCCAGGUAAGAAGUAUAAUUUAUUAUGAUUAUGGUUGACUAUCAUGAAUGAAACAUUAUAUCUUUAAAUAAGAUAGACUUAAGUGUCAAAAUAUGUCAAGUGCCAUUUGAACUUUGAUUCUACUGUGAAAUCAUAGAAAUUAUGGUAUUGUACAAUUCAUGUGCCAUUUUACAUGCAGAAUAUCUGAUGUUAUG